UGCACAGCUUCAGAUUCACACAUAGAUAAACGCACACAUUCACACACACGCAAGUCAGCCAGUCGAUAGAGAAAAGGCGAACAGACACUGUGUCCGUCAUUCCACCGACCAGCUACUAUAUACAUAUACACACACACUCACAAGGGCAUGGCGGCGCUCAGUUUGAAUGCGCCCAUCCCAUCCGUGUGGGACGAAACCGUGUGUGUGCACACCAACGGCAAGACAAACGCACCCCUCCCACAAAAACAUGGCCUUCCUGGCUGCAAACGACGUCAGCCAAGAAAGCGCUUCUCUGCCCUUUACACGGCCCACACACAUACACACUCACGCGCAUUGAUGCACUCCAUUUACGUCACUGUCAGCCCAUAGUGCGAGUGCUGGUGGAUUGUGCCUUGGUGUGUGUGGGGUGUGUGGGGUGGGCCGCAUUAACCGGCACACAGCAGCAAACAUCCAUCCACUAUUGAGCAAAAAAAGUGCCGGCAGCGAAGCUACGUGCUGUGGUGUCUUCCUACAUGCGAUCGACAGACAGCCUGACGACACACACACAUACACAGGAUGAGGGCGAUGGAUGCACUGCGCUGCCUUUUCACGCCUCACCCUCUAAGAGCGACGAAUUGCAGUCAGGAGAGUCCCCCACCGUUCCGUCUCGUGUGUGUCGAUGAUAAAGUUAUCGCCGACCUUCGUGCCGGUGGUGAGGAGCUGCUGAAUGGCGGCGCGGGCGGUGCUGCCGCCAUCCACAUACAGCAUCACCGUCAAACGCUCCAGGCCCCGCACGCCAUCCACGAUGGACGAGAUGCCGUCACGGAUGCGCUUGGCAGCAGCAGAGGCCUCCAACCCAUCGGGCACUGAGGAAGGAGCAACGCACAGACGGCAGCAGUGCACACACAUAAGAUGAGCCGCCAGAAUCGUCUGUUCCGGUGCAUACCUGACGACCGCAUGAGUAUGCGGCCAAUCGACGGGAAGCUGUCCGGCCCCCAGCCGUCCAAUGCGCCCUCAGUGAGACUGACUACGACAUUGACACCUCCCACCGCCCUCCCCGCCCCCAGACCCUCCAAUACGCCGAUCCUGUCCCCUGAACUCACCUCUCGGCCGAAAUCCACCAGCUCCACCUCCCUGGGCAUCUUCUCUGCCAACAGCCGACCCGCAGCACCACCAAGAGCACUGUCGACAAACAGCUGUCGGGCUGUUGGCAACGGCUGCAGGUGGUCGAUGAUGGCGGGGUGGGGAGAGGGGGCGUUGGGAGGGAGGACGAAGCCAGGGGCGUUGCGGACAAUCACGGCCGUGACGUUGUCGAAUGUGAGUGUCUUGACGAUGUCGAUGGCCGCCUGGCUGGGGCUGUCGACGGGGUGGGUGAGGCUAUGCUGGCUGAUGGUGUAGUUGAUCUGUGUCGCCUCCUGUGCGGCCGCCUGGAUGGCAUUCAUGACGAGGGGCGAGGGGUUGGGGGGAAAGUCGUCGCUGUAGAAGAGCGACAGGUCGAAAGUAUGCACACGUCGGUACUCGAAGACGACUUCGGCGUCGACCCGGCAGCACGAGCUGUGGAGCGACUCGACGGACUGCAACAGGGGAAGGACGCUGCUGUCGAUGACGAAGAAGCCCAUGUCCACCGUCAGCCAAGUGAGCGACCGGCGGCAGCCACGCGAUGUGAGGACAUCCUAUAGCACACAGGAACGGCACACACACAUGUGGUGAUAUCACCGUCAAGGCCCGUCUGUCGCGUGCAUCUAUUGCUGGCUGAGUUACCUUCAAUCUGUCCACCGCUGCACGGGCCUUGUCAACAUCGAAGGACAGCUCGAUGGUGCCGAUGCUCUGCAGACCUGCAAGUGGCCCUCUCUGCCAGGCCGCUGCCUUGGGAAUACGCCCAAACAUCGCCGCCCACUGCUCACCCGGCAGCCGGUGACCGCCCACGCGCUGCAGUGACUGUGACGAGCAGAUGAGGCGGCCCAGCUCAUCGGCCCCCCACUCGUGCUGCUCCACGCGCUGUAGUGAUGGCAUCCGCCAGUCUCUGCUCGCCAGGUCGCGAUGAGCGAAGCGGAGGCCGGUGAUGGUCGUGAGCGCAUCGAGCGAUGGGGGCGGGACGAGAGGCGCGAUCUGGUCAGGGCAGAGCUGCUGCCGUCGGCGGACGGUACUCAUCUCCCUCUUAGCCAAUCGCACGCCUUCCAAUGUGAUGGUCCGCAGGGAGCCGCCCUGCAUGUUGGCCGCUCUCCGGCCGGCAACAUGGCCCUCGAUCACGGUGAUGAAGACGUCAACGCACCACAGAGGCGUCAUCACAGGAUAGCGGAACGUAAUCGUCGUCAGGCGAGUGAGUUUGUUGGCCCAUUGGGUGACGAGAGCGAGAGGGACCCGCUGCCACACCGACCGCUCGUUGCUGUCGGUGCUGUCGAUGGUGAGGUGUGUGUGUGUGGGCGCUGCGUGGUCCCAGGCCGUGGUGGACAGCAGGCCGAGCAGAUAGAGGGGCAGAAAGGCCGUGAUGCAGUUGACAAGACCAGGCUGCACAAAGGCAAAGACACACAGAGAGCGACACUAGUGAGAUGUCAGGUGCUUCAUUCAGACUGACUGAGUCAUUUGCUCUACCGUGUCUGCGAUGGUCUGCCUGAGUUCCCUCUCCCUCUCUGCGCGUCGCUGAUCCUCAUCGCUUGCAGCAGUUGCAGAUGUGGCCUGUCAUCACACACACACGAUUGACAAACAAACAAUCACCCACUCAUUCACGCGGCCUCACCUGCCGGCCGUCAUCUCCAGCGACAGCAGCAGGAGCAGACAUUCUCCGUCAGUCAGUGUGAAGCAAGCAGCAGUCGAGCGACGAAUGUCACUGUUGCCUGAUACCAGCUCUAACAAGUCUGCUUCGUCCGAUUUACAGACUCGCCUUCCCUCUCGUGACGGAGCGAUGGUAUCGACAGGAGAGUUGGUCGGAGAAGAUGCUCACUCUGUUCACCGACCCCCCUGGCGGCAGCAUCGGCGAUGUGCAGGACCAUUUCUACCACUUCUUCAGCGACAGAAGCGACGCACACCCCGCGGAGAUCCAGUUUGUCGGAAAGCCUGUCAUUGCUAACCGCUCAGUUCCCAUCAGGUCUUUCUUCCAGGCGCACGAGGGUGCUGUGCGAAAAGGCCGGUGAGGACCUUUCCUGUAGUUAGCUGAAUAGAGGAUCUGCUGGGCGGUAAGUCCCAGAGUAAGAGUGCUUUUACUUUAAUAAGACCGAUGGACUGGCCAAUCAGUCAAUGUUGUUUCUGUUCAUGUAUGGCAUCAUGAAGGGUGGUCAACACAGAUCUCACUUCGAUGAUGGCUGAUAAGAUCGUG